AUGAAAUUCGGCAAGAGUUUAGGACGAACUAUUGAGGACAUUCCUUCCGAAUGGAGACCUUUCGUCAUUCAGUACAAAACGUUAAAGAGAUCCAAUCCAAUUCAAAUUCGACCCUAUAUUAUUCUAAACUUGGAUGCUCAUGAACAUUCUCCUGAUAUCCAACAUAUUCUCGAAACCACUCACACCGAGUUCACAAGAUGUGAUUCUGGUUCCGUGUCGUCAUUACUUUCCUUGCGCACAACCGAUUCAAAUGAUACGGAAACUAAUUCUGACCCACAUGAUUACGUUACGGACGUCAUUUCUAGCGAUUCCAUUAGUCCACAUCCCGAAUCAAUUGAUCAAUCGCGCAGAAUAACGUAUAUUAAACUUGAAACCGAUGGCGAAUUUUUCAAUACGCUAUUUGAAGAAAUCUCGCAAUUUAAACACCUACAGCAACAAAAACAAGAUGAAUUUGUAAAUAAUAUGGAUCGAUUGCGUGAACUGUUGAUCAAUGUGGCAGAAAUUUUUGUUGGGAACACUGAAUCAGAUCGUAAUGAACGUAGCUGCAAAAACGCUCAAGAUCAAUUCAAAUGGUUUGUUGACGAAUUGUUUAGAACUGAAUUGACUAGUAAAUUCAAAUUAAAUUCCUCGCGAGAAGCCUUUCACGAAUUUUUAAGAAUAAAUAAUGAUUUGAUCGCUAUGAAACAUUUUCAAUCUCUCAACGAAACCGCCAUGUCUAAGAUCCUUAAAAAACACGAUAAACAAACGUGUUUAGCUGCCAGUCCUAGCUUUGAAAAGUUAUUGGAGAACGAUCCAUAUAUUAUCAAAAAUAUGUUUAAAUCUCUGUGUUUUACAAUGAAUAAUCAAUUAUCGACAGUUAUUCCACAACCCGAAGAUCAUACUUGUCCGAUUUGCACUUUAAUUUAUUGGAAACCAAUUCGAUUAAGUUGUGGACACGUAUUUUGUAUAAAUUGUCUUAUUAAAGCUGAACGUAAAGGAAUGCGCAAUUGUCCAAUUUGUCGAUCCAGAGAUUCUAUUUAUAAUGCAAACGCAAGCAAUUUAGAUAAGCCUUUACGGAAUUUUUUAAAACUAUAUUUCCCAAAAGAAGUUAAAGCCAAACAAGCAGAGGUUGAUAAAGAAGCAGCUAAAGAGGAAAUGGAUAUGCUAGCAAGAUGUCAAUUUAGUACUAACAAAUAUGCUUGUUACAUUAUGUAA